GGGAUUUUGGUGGAAUUUGAGGUGGAUCGCGGUUCUGGAGAGUGGAUGACAGUCGGUUAAGACGGAUGGCGCUAUGCUCCUAAUCGACGCUUCUCGGGUCCCUCUGUGCAAGAUCACUUACAGCCUGCUUUGUACGGCCGUUUGAUUGCAGAUGAAGGUCGAGAUCGACUCGUUCUCCGGAUUCCGGAUUUACGCCUCGAAGGGUCGCCUCUUCGUUCGUGGCGAUAGCAAGAUAUUCCGGUUCUCCACCUCCAAGACUGAGUCGCUCUUUUUGCAACGAAAGAACCCGCGCAAGAUCGCCUGGACACAGGUGUACCGGCGCAUGCACAAGAAAGGUAUUACAGAAGAAGUCGCCAAGAAGCGGUCACGCAAGACAGUGAAGCACCAGCGUGGGAUUGUCGGUGCCGACCUUGCUGCCAUCGCUGCCCGCCGGAACCAGUCUGCUCAGGCCCGGGCUGCCCAGCGCACGUCUGCUAUCCAGAAGGCUAAGGCUGAGAAGAAGGCCAAGGAGGAAAAGAAGGAGAAGACGAAGGCCCCCAAGGCACCCGUUGCGUCCGGUCCCAAAGUCUCGAAGGCGCAGAUGAAGGGUUCCAAGAGCGGUCGUUAAGCCGCCUCUCUGCUUUCGGUUGUUGUUGUAUGAUUUUAUGCUAUCGACUUCGUUUAUGAUGCACAAAAUGUAUGGGUCUGCACGCACAUCCCCCGCAGUUCCUGAUAUCAACGUUCGCGUGAACGGAUCCCUGGGGAGCCUCGGGACGAGGCGUUGCCGAUAGCAUGCAAACUCGCGCAGUGCGGCGGAAUUGCGAUUUGUAUCCAUUGUAGGUUCUGGUGUAAGAUCUUUGUGCGGAG